GGACACCGCUCAGGCCCACGGAGGAGCAUGUUGCUGCACAAACUGGUUGUUUGGAUCCUGUCAGUCCUGUGUGGCACUGAUGUGUGUUCGGGAUUUGUCUACGACCGGCCCAGACGCUCGGGAGAGGACAGGACCUCAGCCAGGACUGAGUCUCGCUCUGCGUCUCAGUACGUGCCGACCUCGGGCUCCUGCAGGAACAGGUGUUUUGAGCUGGCCGAGCAGGAGCCACCAAACUGUCGCUGCGACAACCUUUGCAAGACCUACAACGGCUGCUGCUGGGACUUUGAUCAGCUGUGCCUCAGGACAGAGGGAGGCUACGAGUGCAGUAAAGAUCGCUGUGGGGAGACUCGAAAUGAACAACAUGCCUGCCACUGCUCUGAUGACUGUCUGGCCAGAGGAGACUGUUGUACCAACUACAAGACACUGUGCAAAGGAGACACUUCGUGGCUGCAGGAUGAGUGUGAGGAGAUCAAGACGGCUGAAUGUCCCGCUGGGUUCGUGCGCCCGCCACUCAUCAUGCUGUCAGUGGAUGGGUUUCGAGCUUCUUACGUGAAGAGAGGAAAGACUGUCAUACCCAACAUCGAAAAAAUGAGAACAUGUGGAACCCACGCUCCGUAUAUGAGGCCUGUUUACCCCUCCAAAACGUUCCCCAACCUCUACUCGCUGGCUACGGGUCUCUACCCAGAGUCUCACGGUAUUGUUGGCAACUCCAUGUAUGACCCGGUGUUUGAUGCCACCUUCACCCUGAGGAGCCGAGAGAAACUCAGUCAUCGCUGGUGGGGAGGACAGCCUAUCUGGAUCACAGCGGUCAAACAGGGAGUGAAGGCUGCCACCUUCUUCUGGCCUGUUGCUAUCCCAUUGGAGAGGCGGAUACUGACCAUGCUGCAGUGGCUCCACCUUCCUGAGGGGGAGAGGCCCUACGUUUACGCCAUGCACUCUGAACAGCCGGACACAUAUGGACACAAAGUGGGGCCCAUGAGCCUAGAAGUGAGUACUGUCUGUGGUGGUGUGUGUGUGAACUGGGAUGUGUGGGGGAUGUAUGGAAAGCACAUGGUAAAGCACACGAGCCAGACACACAUGCACGCCCAUAUACUUACUGCAUGUGUGUGUGUUGAGUGUGUCUCUUUGUGUGUUUGUGUGUUUCAGUUGAACAACCCUCUGAGGAUGAUUGACAGAAUUGUGGGCCAGCUGAUGGAUGGACUCAAACAGAUGAAACUACACCGCUGCGUCAACAUCAUCCUGGUGGGGGAUCAUGGUAUGGAGGAGGCCCACUGUGAUCGCACCGAGUUCCUCAGUAACUACAUGACCAGCGUCGAUGACAUCAUCCUCAUCCCGGGGUCUCUAGGCAGAAUACGCUCGAGAUACCCCAACAAUCCUAAAUAUGACCCCAAGACUGUUGUUGCAAAUCUGACAUGUAGGAAGGCAGACCAGCACUUUAAGCCAUACCUGAAGCAACAUCUGCCUAAGAGACUGCACUACGCUAACAACCGACGCAUUGAGGAGAUCCACCUGUUGGUGGACAGGAAGUGGCAUGUUGCCAGGAAAGUUCCUGAAGGGCGGAGGCACUGUGGCUUCUCUGGUGACCAUGGAUAUGACAAUAAGAUCAACAGCAUGCAGACCAUUUUCUUGGGUUAUGGACCUACAUUUAAAUUCAAGACCAAAGUUCCAGCCUUUGAAAACAUUGAGCUUUACAAUGUCAUGUGUGAUCUUCUGGGCCUGAAACCAGCCCCCAAUAAUGGAACCCACGGCAGUCUGAACCACCUGCUCAGAGCCCCCACGUACAGACCCGCCAUGCCGGAGGAGAUUUCCAGGCCAGCGGCAACCUCUGGUCUUGUUCCUGCAGGAACAGAUGACCUGGGCUGCAGCUGCGAAGACAAGAACAAAGUGGAGGAGCUAAACCAGCGACUGAGGCAAGCUAUUGAUGACAGCAGGAACCUGCCGCAUGGUCGACCUGCUGUGCUCUUCCGUACCAAAUACUCCAUCCUCCACCACAGCGACUACAUCAGCGGCUACAGCGAGGCUCUCUCUAUGCCUCUCUGGACGUCAUACACUGUCAGCAGACAGGUAGAAGUGUCUCCUCUACCUGAAGCCCUGUCCAACUGUGUGAGACCUGAUACCAGAGUCCCUCCAGCUUACAGUCAGUCUUGCACCAACUACAGAGCAGACAAGCAGAUCACCUACGCCUUCCUGUACCCCCCACAAUUGUCCUCAACCACAGACAAAAAAUAUGAUGCUGUCCUCAUCACCAACACUGUUCCCAUGUAUCCUGCAUUCAAGAGAAUCUGGGGUUACUUCCAGAGGGCUCUGGUGAAGAAGUAUGCCACCGAGAGAAACGGGGUGAACGUGCUCAUUGGACCCAUAUUUGACUACGACUAUGAUGGUGUCAGGGACUCAGCUGAGAAGAUAAAAGAGUAUGUAAGUGGGACGAUACCCAUCCCUACACACUACUUCGUGGUCCUGACCAGCUGCUUAGACUUCACCCAGGCAGCGGACUCAUGCGGCGGCCCGCUCAGCAGCGCUGCCUUCGUCCUGCCACACAGACCCAGCAACGACGAGACCUGCAAAAACUCAGAGGAGGAGUCUCGCUGGGUGGAGGAUCUGAUGAAGAUGCACACAGCUCGAGUCAGAGAUGUGGAGAUCCUGACGGGCUUGGACCUGUACCGCAGAACCACCCGGAGCUACGCUGAAAUCCUCUCGCUCAAGACCUACAUGCACACCUACGAGAGCGAGAUCUGACCUCUGCCCCCCGGCUCUGUUAACACGAAGUUACUGGUCUUUUUCAACCGUGGUGGAUGUAUGUGGUACUAGGAAGAGGUGUGAUCAUCUCUAUUACACUGACCUACAGCUGGAAGCUACGGCUGCGCUGCAGCAUCCACGUUGUGGCCCCUUCACUGAGCAUUUGGUUUGAUCUCAUUCAUUUCAUCCACAUGUUGACAUACAGCUUUGACACCACUGAGCCACUCCCUGUGGUACUGCCCACUGCAGCAGGAAGGCAAAACAGUUCCUCCGCUCUGUGUUGCUGUUUCAUGGUUGCAACUCAAAUUCAGUGAAAUGACAUACACUAUUAAUCUGCCAUUUUAAACACAUACUCUCUCCCCGUCCAGCAGACACACAGGAGCUGGAUGAAUUGGCCCAACCGGGAAACCCACAGUAACCCUGUGCUAGAUGUUCAUUAUAUUACCAAAAUGCCACAGACACACAGUUAACCAGGGUCUUUUGGGGGCCUGAGGGUCCAGUUGCCCUGUCUACACACACAUGUAGUGUUUCACACUCAUCACAUUCCCUAAUAUUUUAACUUACACAUACUGUACUGUUGAUGACUAAGAUUUUUGGAGUUUUUUUUGUAUAGUAUAUGAACACAAACAGAAAGCAAUAUCCCAUAUGUGUAAAAAUUGUGACCUGUUUUAAAGAUGUAAAAGAAUCUUGAAUUGCACUACAAGGCAACACAGUCGGGCCCAUCAUCAGUAUUAAGGCAGGAUGGUUAAAGCAGUGCAGUAAGAGCAUAUUUUCAGUUUCCGACAUGAUACUGACCCACUCGGUCUGAUGUCCACAUUGAGCAGUUUCUCUGUGUUCAGUGGUUCAGAUGAAAUUGUGUCUGUUUUUUUUUUUCGAUGAAAUGACAAUGCAAUGUUGUUGUUGUUGUUUGUGUGUGUACAGUGUGUGUAUAUUGAAUUCAAGGUAUUUUCUGUUUGUGUUUGACUUUGUGUGUGUUGGUGUGUGAUGUUGACUUUUUGUUCCGUGCACAAUAACAAUCAUGUCAAUGACGAUGCUUCAUUCAUUUUUUUUCCUCUAAAACAUUUACCACCUGUG